UCAACGCCUUAAUAGUAAUAUAAAUAAUAAGAGACCAAAAAUCACAUCUCCUGAAAUAUCUCUCCAAAUUCCACCAAUAAAUCAGGAAGCCCUCAGCUACUCAGCUUUUAGUUCUUUUACACCUCUGAUUUGCUGGAGCAAAUUAUCAUAUUCCAGCUUCUGAUGGUCAUUUUGCUAUCCGAAAAUGUCAUUAGAAGAAGUUUUCAAGGUUGUUUUUCCCUUUUUAGAUGGCGUAGACCUUGCAGCUUGUAUGUUGGUUUGUAAGAAUUGGAGACGCAUAGCUAAAGAUGAUUACUUUUGGAAAUGUGUAUGUGCAAAGAGAUGGCCUUCGAUUUGCAAACGGCCCAAUCCUCCCACCGUAACCUACUAUAAACUGUAUCAAUCGUUCUAUAAACGGCAGCAUCAGCGAACACUUCUCCCUCCAAGACUUUCCUUCGAUGACUUGGAAUUCUACAUUGACAUUUGGAGUGAAGAUAAACUGAUUUUCUCUGAUGUUGUCCCUGGUCCUGUCCUCCAGAGAGGAAUCAAGAACUUACCAGCUGGAAUUUGCAACAUGCUCAAGUUUCAUCUCGAGAGUCCCGAGUACAAGAUGAUCUUACCUGUUGACCCAAGUUUCACCGUUCCUUGGAGCCAGACUGUUAGUGUUUCAGUGCUCGUGGGGCAGAAGGACACGAAUAAAGUUGCUUGUAUAAUUAAUAAAUCACUGUUUGAUUACAUAGAUCGUACAGCUUCCAGGGCUCUAGCUUUCGACUACCUUGUCUUCUCUCCCAAUUAUCCCUUUAUUUCGGGAAUCCGGGCAUGGAUCUCCUUGCUAUUCACAGAAGAUGGAAACGACGGUGCCAUGAAUGUUUUUGGCAUUGAGCUGGACUUUUGUGAUGCUGCCAAUUCUAGAGAAGAGGUAUUGUGGCUAUUAGACAUGCUUGAUUGGAAAUGAAUGGUGGAAAGCUUGGCAGAUGUGAUAAUAAUAUGUUCAGCCUUCACUGUGCUUUUCAUGGUGGAUUCUUUCAACAUAUGUUAUUCGGAUUCCGAAGAUCAUUGGAGAUUCUAUAUCCAUGUGUUAAUAGUGAGCAUGGAACACGAAUGCUUCAAGAGAAACGAGGAGUUCGAGCAACAUGACUUUCAACUGGAAAUAAUUCAAAUGCCCUUGCACUCCUGGCUCAAGUAACAUCAUUGUCUUGCAUGUUCAUAAGUCUGUACAUUAGCACUAUGGUGUAUUCAUUUCAAUCAAUAAAUAUGAACAGUUCUUUGUAUUUAA